ACUGCCGGGCCGAGCGCGUCCGGCGGGCGAAGUCAAGCGGCGUCUCUCCUCCGCCCCGCUCUCGCGAGAUCGGGCAAGGUUUCCGGUGUUGUGACUGCGGGACCGUAAACAUGGCGGUGAGUCUCCGCGCCCGCUCGCUGAGGCACCUCCGCAUCCGAGGCCGGAACGACAGCGGCGAGGAGAACGUCCCGCUCGAUCUCACCCGAGACCCCUCCGAUAACUUGAGGGAGAUUCUCCAAAAUGUGGCCAAAUUGCAAGGGGUUUCAAAUAUGAGAAAACUUGGCCAUUUGAAUAAUUUUACAAAGCUUCUUUGUAAUGCUGGUCAUACUGAAGAAAAAUUAGGUUUUGCUUAUGAAGAUAUCAUCAUAUGUUUGCGGUUAGCUUUAUUAAAUGAAGCGAAAGAGGUGCGAGCAGCAGGACUCCGAGCUCUUCGAUAUCUUAUCAGAGACUCCAGUAUUUUACAGAAGGUAUUAAAACUGAAAGUGGAUUACUUAAUAGCCAGAUGUAUAGAUAUACAGCAAAGUAAUGAAGUAGAACGAACACAAGCACUUCGUUUAGUCAGAAAGAUGAUUACAGUCAAUGCUUCAUUAUUUCCCAGUUCAGUUACCAAUUCUUUGAUAGCUGUUGGAAAUGAUGGCCUUCAAGAGAGGGACAGGAUGGUUCGUGCGUGUAUUGCUAUUAUCUGUGAAUUAGCGAUUCAAAAUCCAGAAAUAGUUGCUUUCCGUGGUGGUCUAAGUACCAUUUUGAAAAAUGUAAUAGAUUGUCAAUUAAGCCGCAUAAAUGAAGCUCUUAUAACGACUGUUUUACAUCUUCUUAACCAUCCAAAUACCCGACAAUAUGUGCGAGCUGAUGUGGAAUUAGAGCGGAUUUUAGCUCCAUACACGGACUUUCACUACAGGCAUAAUCCAGACACUGCAGAAGGACAGCUCAAAGAGGACAGAGAAGCACGGCUUUCUGCUAGUAAAAUGGGAAUUGUGGCAGCAUUUCGAUCAUGGGCAGGUAUAAUUAGUUUAUGUAAGCCUGGGAAUUCUGGGAUCCAAUCUCUUAUUGGGGUGUUAUGUAUACCUAACAUGGAAGUGCGGCGAGGCUUGCUUGAAGUUCUAUAUGAUAUAUUUCGCCUUCCUCUUCCUGUUGUGACAGAAGAGUUUAUAGAAGCACUUCUCAGUGUAGAUCCAAGCCAUUUUCAGGACAGCUGGAGACUUUCUGAUGGCUUUGUAGCUGCAGAAGCUAAAGUUAUAUUACCUCACCGAGCCAGAUCCAGGCCUGACCUCAUGGACAAUUACUUGGCCCUGGUUCUCUCUGCAUUCAUUAGAAAUGGACUCUUAGAAGGUCUAGUUGAAGUAAUCACAAGCAGCAAUGAUCAUAUAUCUGUCAGAGCAACUAUCUUACUGGGGGAACUUUUGCAUAUGGCGAACACCAUUCUUCCACAUUGUCACAGCCAUCAUUUACACUGCUUACCAACUUUAAUGAAUAUGGCAGCUUCUUUUGACAUUGUAAAGGAGAAGAGACUACGAGCCAGUGCUGCAUUGAACUGCUUGAAACGCUUUCAUGAAAUGAAGAAAAGAGGCCCUAAACCUUACAGUCUUCAUCUAGAUCACAUUGUCCAGAAAGCGAUGUCAACCCAUCAGCGAAGAGAUCAGUAUCGCGUGCAGAAAGAUAUCUUUAUUCUUAAGGAUACUGAAGAAGCACUAUUAAUGAAUCUGCGGGAUAGCCAAGUUCUUCAUCACAAAGAAAAUCUGGAAUGGAAUUGGAAUCUGAUAGGGACCAUACUUAAGUGGCCAAAUAUUAACUUAAAGACUAACAAGGAUGAACAGUUGCACAGAUUUGUACGGCGGCUGAUGUAUUUUUAUAAGCCUAGCAGUAAAUUGUAUGCCAAUCUAGAUCUCGAUUAUGCAAAAUCAAAACAGCUCACAGUUGUUGGUUGUCAAUUUACUGAAUUUCUCCUUGAAUCUGAAGAGGAAGGAAGACAGGAAGGAAAGAAGGAAGGAAGGCAGGUGCAACAAAAGCAGGAUGGGCAUGGCUACCUCGAAGAGUUAGUAAGAGAUAUUGUGCACUGGCUUAACAUUUCUUCAGGACUGAAACCAGAACGCAGUCUCCAGAACAAUGGUUUACUUAACACGCUUAGUCAGCACUACUUCUUAUUUUUUGGUACCCUCUCCUGUCAUCCCCACGGAGUGAAAAUGCUUGAAAAGUGUAAUGUAUUUCAGUGUCUCCUUAAUCUGUGUUCCUUGAAGAAUCAAGAUCACUUACUCAAACUGACAGUUUCUAGUUUAGACUAUAGCAGAGAUGGCUUAGCAAGAGUCAUCCUUUCUAAAAUCCUAACAGCAUCAACCGAUAAUUGUAGGUUAUAUGCUACAAAACACCUCCGAGUACUUCUGAGGGCCAAUGUGGAGUUCUUCAGUAAUUGGGGAAUUGAGUUACUUGUCACACAGCUUCAUGACAAAAAUAAAGCAAUUUCUUCUGAAGCACUUGAAAUCCUUGAUGAAGCAUGUGAAGACAAGGCUAAUCUUCAUGCCCUCAUUCAAAUGAAACCAGCACUUUCUCAUCUAGGAGACAAGGGUAUGCUUUUGCUGCUAAGAUUUUUGUCAAUCCCCAAAGGGUUUUCCUAUCUAAAUGAACGAGGCUACGUAACAAAACAAAUGGAGAAGUGGCAGAAGGAAUACAAUUUAAAAUAUGUCGACUUGAUAGAAGAGCAAUUAAAUGAAGCACUUACUACGUACCGCAAACCUGUUGAUGGUGAUAAUUAUGUUCGUAGGAGCAACCAAAGAUUACAGCGGCCACAUGUCUACUUGCCAGUUCACCUCUAUGGCCAACUAGUACACCACAAAACUGGCUGUCAUUUGUUGGAAGCUCAGAGUAUUGUUCCUGACCUGAGUUACACUAUCCGUUCCCCUAUGCUGGAAAAAUGGGAGGGGAUUAAGCAACUAAAAGCUGCUCUUUGGGCACUGGGAAAUAUUGGCUCUUCAAACUGGGGAUUGAAUUUGCUUCAGGAGGAAAAUGUGAUACCCGAUAUAAUGGCACUUGCCCAGCAUUGUGAGGUCCUUUGUAUCAGAGGGACCUGUGUCUAUGUGCUUGGCCUAAUAGCGAAAACAAAGCAAGGCUGUGAUAUUCUGAAACAUCACAAUUGGGAUGCAGUAAGACACAGUCGAAGGCAACCUUGGCCAGUAGUUCCCGAUGAUGUGGAGCAACUCUGCAAUGAACUCUCUUCUAUUCCCAGCACUCUUAGUUUGAACUCUGAAUCUACCAGUUCAAGACAUAACAGCGAGAGUGAAUCUGCACCAUCAAGCAUGUUCAUCCUGGAAGAUGACCGGAUUGGCAGCACCUCCACUAGCACAUUUUUCUUAAAUAUCUCAGAAGAUGCAGAACAGAAUCUCUAUGACCAUACCGGACCCGUGAAGGAUAAGGACCGCAAUCCCUUCCCCUUUUUCUCCUCCCGCAGACUUGUCAGGAAUCGCAUCUUGAAUUCUCUUACCCUACCCAAUAAAAAGCUGAGGAGCAGCAGUGAUCCCAAAGGAGGCAAGCUGUCUUCCUUGGAGAACAAGAUGGGCUUAAGGCGAAACCGGACAGUAACAGAACCAUGCAGCAGCAUGGAUUUUACACGGGGAGAUGACUUUACCCCGGUAUUCAAGGUUCCUAAGAUUCACACUCUGAAACUAGAAACUUCAUUUGUUGGGAGCAAGCACAGCGAAGAUGCAGAUAGUACUCCAAGUAUUGGUGAAAAUGACCUUAAGCUUCCCAAAAGUCUUGGCCAUGAAAAUCACAGGGAAAACUCCAGCCGGGAGAGACUCAUAGAAGUUUCCACGCAGACACAUUUUAAGAGUCGUAGUUUGAGUUUCAAUACGGACACGACCACAAGUGGCAUAAGUUCAAUGAGCUCCAGCCCUUCCCGAGAGACUAUGGGAGUGGAUACUACCAAUAUAGACACUGACUGUGGGAGCUUAAGUACUGUGGUGAGUACCAAGACCAUUAAAACAAUUCAGUGUUCAACCCCACAGUCUAACCACCUCCCUCUGUCAAAAUCAAAUUCUGUCUCCCUGGUACCGCCAGGGUCUUCGCACACUCUUCCUCGGAGGGCCCAGUCACUAAAAGCUCCUUCCCUCGCUACUAUAAAAAGCCUGGCUGACUAUAAUUUUAGUUACACCAGUUCUCGAGAUGCAUUUGGAUAUGCAACCCUGAAACGCUUGCAACAGCAGAGGAUGCAUCCUUCUCUGUCACAUUCUGAAGCCCUAGCUUCUCCAGCAAAGGAUGUACUCUUCACAGACACAAUCACAAUGAAAUCUGGUAGCCUAGACUCUCGACUAACGCCCAACCGGUUCAUGAGAGCUUUGAGCUAUGCAUCAUCCUUAGAUAAAGAAGAUUUAUUAAGCCCUAUAAACCAAAAUACACUGCAGCGUUCUUCUUCUGUUCGUUCCAUGGUGUCUAAUGCUACCUAUGGUAGCUCAGACGAUUACAUUGGACUUGCUCUCCCGGUUGACAUCAAUGAAAUAUUUCAGGUAAAAGAAACCCCAUAUUUCCAGAAGAAAACUAUGCUUUCAUAUGAUGAUCGGGGCAGUCGAGUUUUUGCCCAGGAUGCUUCAGGUUUGCCAUGUGAGUCUGCUGAGUUUGUAAAGAGUCCCUUCCAGAUGCUUCGUCAGCAGAUAAGUCUUACGGAGAUUAUGAACACAAGUCGUUCAGAUGCCUCCCAGUUCCUAGAAAACAUGGAAGACACUGGACUCCAAGAACACACUGAAGAUAAUUGUCUCUAUUGUGUUUGUACACACAUCCUCGAUUGUCAGCAUAAUAACAAACUGAACUCUGCAUAUAGCCACCCAGAAUUUUCAGACAUUCCUUAUUCAGACUGGUGUGGAAAGGCUAUGCAUAAUCAUUUGGAUGUGGUUUCACAUUCCUCGAAGUUUUCUGGAAUUUCAGGAUGUAGUGAUGCUGUAUCCCAUGGAUCAGCUAGUAGUACCAAGAGUACUGAUCUCAUCAUAGGCAUGAAAUCAAUCCCAGAUGAUACUCCAGUAUGCCGCAUACUACUGAGAAAGGAAGUUUUGCGAUUAGUAAUCAACUUGAGUAGCUCAGUAGGAACUAAAGGUCAUGAAACGGGUCUCUUGACAAUUAAAGAGAAGUUUCCCCAAGCAUUUGAUGAUAUAUGCCUUUACUCUGAAGUAUCCUACUUGCUAGCUCACUGCACUUUUCGAUUGCCAUCUAGACGGUUUAUUCAAGAACUCUUUCAAGAUGUACAGUUUUUGCAGAUGCAUGAAGAAGCAGAAGCUAUUUUAGUCUCAGUGUCAAAUCAACAAACAGAUAGCCCAUCAACUGAAUCCUGACCUCUUGUUUUCCAUGAUGUAAUAAAUGUGAAGUUACUAGUAGCAUUCAAUAACACCUAACUGACUGGGCAACAGAGAAGUACCAUCUUCUGAAUUGUUCCAGGAAUUCUGGUACAUGAAAUUGGAUGCUCAGUUGUAGAAUUUUUCUUCGAUGGAAUCUGCUUCCAAAGCCAUCUGAGCCCUGAGGGGAAUUGUUAAAAAAAUGAAAGUAACAAGAUAUGCAAGAAGAAUGAAGCACCAGACACUUAUGCAGGUUUUCAUUUCACUUAUUUUUAAAUGCAAUGUCACAAAAAUAGAGGACAAAUUACACGGGACCUGGUUUACAUGGUUGACUUUUGACUUCCGUUUUGGACAGAGUUGAUGCCUUGCUUGUUUACCCUGGAUUUGAGAGACAUGGUAUCUUAAGCUGUAUCCCAUUGUCAUAAAUGGAGCGUGCUAUAACCAUGACAUCGGGGGAUUAAUUAGGGGAUUUCCUUGAUAUAUUUCUUAAUUUUUGUGAACACUACUUGGACAAUUUCUGCUCUCAGAGAAUCUUCAGUAGGUUUGGGAGUAACCUUAACUUAUUUUAUUGUUAUAAUAUUAGCAGUCUGUCCAGUUUUGUUGCAGUUUCAUGUAAUUAUGUUAAACUGAACCAAUUAAUGAAUUUCACUACAGUUUGAGUUUAGAAAAAAAAAACCACCAUUCCCCUGGAAUUAGAUUUACCUCCAUGUAAAUGCAUGCAUUGUAAUGGGGUGUUCUACAUUAAUGUUCAUCCAGUAAUUGAUUGAUUGUCUAAAUGUAGAUCUUCAAAAACAAUAAUUUAUGUCAGGUAAAUCAAGUAAAAUUAAUACUUAUUGCUGCUUUUUAUCAAGAAAAAUGCAAAAUAAUAAUUUCACAUUCCAUGGCUUUAAAUUUGCUCCUAAUCAUUUGCUUCAAUCAUACAGAUGAAAGAUUAAUGGCAAGAUAAUACCAAUAAUUGUAGUGAAAAGCCUUAAAUGUGCAGUGUUGAAGUGUUACAUCGCUAUAAUUCAGAGGUCUUUUCCAUAAAAUUAGCACAAAUUGUGUAAUAGUAAUGAUAUGUAUUUCCAAUCUCUCCAGUAUCAAAUUUAUGCAAGUAUGAGGUUGAAACAAAUUGAAUUUAUUUCCAAAUUGCAAAGUCUCAUUUACCUGGAAACUUGUACAUACAAAUGUAUAAUUGUUUUGUUUACAAAACCUGUAGGGUUAUUUGGUCAUUUCUUGUGUAUGGAAAUAAUUCAGGUAGACCGUACUGGGAAUAUGUCCAUCAAAGUUUAUCUCCCCUUAAAAGUAUGCAACGAUUGGCUUGUUGAGAUGAAAUUAGCUUUACAUAUAUUUUUAAUUGAGCCUAAUUAACGUGCAUAUACAUAUAUAUAUAUAUAUAAAUUUGUUCUUAGAGGCAUCUAUACAUUCGCAUUCGUUAUGAAAGCUAGCAAUGUCUAGGUUCAGUACAUUGUCAUAUCAAAAUAUGAUUUUGUUUUCCAGUUCUAGAAGAAAGCAAACGCCAUCAUUACAGUCAUACUGUUGGCUAAGAAAGAUGAAGCAAGAGUUUAUCUGUAAAUUGAAUCUUCAGGACUAGUAAUCAUAAGUAAAAUCUCAUAGUUGAAGAAACAGGAUUGAUAGUUCAUUACACAUAAAACUGAAAACAAUUUUUUUCCCCUGCCACCCUGAAACGGCCAGGUAGGACAUCUGGUGCUUUUAAGACAUUAGAUUGCUUUUUAAAAAAAUUCUCCUCACAAGAAUUAGGCACCAAUUCCCAAAUCCUUAGAAUAAACCUGAAAUUCUCUUCCUGCCAUUUUGGCUGGAACUAUAGUAACUGAUCCACAAAUUUAAGUACUACUGGAUGGGAUACUUUCCAGGAUGGCAUUUCUCUAGAGAAAUAGAAAACUUAACAAAGAUACUUGUCUGAACAAGAGAGUCGGUUCACUCUGAUCCAUAUCUAUAAUUCCCAAAAGAAAGUUACCUCUAAGAUACCUGACUUAAUUUGUAUUCUAGCUUCUAACUUAUCUCAAGAACAGGUUAUUCAACGGAUAAGAACCCACACAAACCAGAUGAAGACAUUCUACAUAAGAAUAUGGAACAUAGUUAUUAUGGAUGAAGCAUUUUCUUCCUCUUCCUAAGACCUUUUAAGGAUAUAUAUGUCUUCUACCUCCAAGCAGAAGUUUACAUUACCUCAUUAUACUGCUUUGAACAUUCUAGGUGGGAGAUACAUCAGAAUAAUAUUUGAGUCAGUCUAAUCCUCUCUAAGGAUUACUUUGGUACAUAGACAAUUAAGUAUGGAUAACCUAGAGAACUGUCAUAAGGAGUUUUACCAUUCACGGCCAGAGCUGAAGAAUCUUAAGGGGGAGUUCAUAAUGUUUUGCUGUUACAUUUCUAGACAUGAAAUUUGAGUGUCUAUUGAUAUUAUUUAUCUAUGUUAAUGACCAUUUAGAAACUCAACAACUGAGGAAAGGAGCAAUUGGAGAAAUUUCAAAUAUUUCAUUCUCAGGUUUGAAAUAUCUCUUUAAAUACAGUAUUUUAAACUGGUGAGGGAUUUUUUUUUUCCCCUGUUCUUUCAGGUUUUUAGUUUAGAGACUACAGGAGGGAAUGGGUGCUCUCUGCUUCCUAUGGGUGUGGUGGUUGUUUCUGAACCAUGGAAUAAAGUUUAUGUUUAGGAAUAGCAGCAGAUAUAAUCCAGAGAGAAGUGUGUGCCACUGAGACUGUAGUAGAUUUCAGCAUCUUCUCCUCUCGCAACAGUUUGGCAAAACUGCAUUACAAUAAUUUAUGGAACAUCUGGAGAGCCAUGAAGUUACAGUAGUUCCCUGAUUUCUAUGAGAACCUCCUGAGGAAAAAAUAGGAGGGGGGAGAAGUGGGUCAGGAAAAAAUAAAGGAAGGGCUUUAGCUUGUCAUGCAGGGUUCAUUAAUAAUUUUCCAUCAAUAUUCAGAGAUGCUUUGCUCAUAGAUAAAACUCCUGUGAUAAAACUCCUGUGCAGAACCAAAAUGGCAGCCACAGUGUAGACCAAAUGGUGGUGUAAAUUCCAAAGGAUUCAUACAAUACUUCCAGUAAAAAAAAAAAGCAAACAAUUGAUUGUACAUAGUAGUUAUGAAUGCUACCUCAGUAAUGAUAGAGUAUUAAGAUCUAUAGAUCGAUAACUCUAAGUGAAAUUAAUUCAUUUAUUCUGUGUUUUGCAUUUUUGAUUUCAAAGCAAAAGUAGAUGGAAAAAAUUUCUUUAAAACAAAAAUAGUUCAGCUUUCAACUAUAGUUGUUACUGAAAAAACAGUUUACUUACAGUGGAAAAUUAAAAAGUAAAUUCAGCUAAAUGUACUAAUAUAUCCACUUAGAUAAUAAUACAUAGGUAUACAUAACUUUUUGACAUUUAAAAAAAUAGUUUUGGUUUCUGUUCAGAAUACUGCCCAAGAUCAAUUGACCUUAGCUGUAUGGGCAACAGCAUCAUCAAAAAUUGUAAAAUAACAUUAAGGGAAUUUGAGUCUUUGCAUUAAAAUACAAAUCAAUGGUGGCUGUAGUAUCUGAACCAAUGUUGCAUCUAUAUGAUGUUAUACUUAUUUUGUUAAUCAAUUUGUUGUAACAGAAUAUACCUGGAAUCUGGGUAGAAAUUUACAUAUUAUCAAUUCGUUUUACUUUCUGUCACAUGACCAGUCAUUGACAUCUUACAGUAAUGAACCUGUUUAUACCCAUAAAGCUACAUACAGAUCAACAGCUUCUGCACUUGACAAGUAGAACGAAAAGUUUUAUGGAGGCCCAUUUGAUUGCCGUUGGGUGAUGGAUUGCUUUCAGCUUAGGUACUUCUCUGAAGCAAUUUCUCCUUGAUCACUAAACCCAAAAUUUGGAGUAAAUACAGUAGAACAUGGAAGAAGUCUACACUUGCAUUAUAGAUUAUAAGUCAGAAGUUUUAACUAAGAACUGGGAAGUGCUGUGCUUAAACCUGUAUGGCAUGGGUGUCAAACUCAAUUGUGUGACUUGACAUCAUGUGAUGUAUCACAAUGCUUUUUGCCUUUGCGGAGCUGGGACGUGGCCUGCACGUGACUCAUCCGGCCCACGGGCCACCAGUUUAACACCUCUGCUGUAUGGGAUUCACAACACUUCUUUGGAAUUAAUUUUCAAAUGAUGCACAACCCUGAUAUCCUUGUCAUUUUGAAAGGCUUGGAUGGCAUAAUCCAGAAACUAGAAAAUAAAAAUCCUAUCUAAAUGCUCCUUCUCAUUACUGGAACGAUGAAAUAAUUUGCAAAGAUGUUUAAUGCUUGUGACUGCUUUGGAAUGGACCCUCAUAUCAAGUUGCUAUGUUUUGGAAACCUCACUCUAUCCACUUCCCUCAGCCACAAACACUGGCAAUUAUUUGUACAUGGGAUAUUUAAAGAGACCUUCUUGGAGUAUUUAUGUAUGGUGGGAGAAGGAGAAUGAAAGAGAUAACAAGUUAUGAAUGAUAAAGCGUAAUUGUUAUUUUCUAUCUUCCUUCUGAUGCAUUCCUGAGGGGAAAGGAUAAACAGUGUGAAUAAUCAAACUUGCAAUUGAUUCUUCACAUUCAGCAUCUCCAUCUCCAGUGAUACAGGUCCCAAAGUACCUUGAUUUUAACAUAAGCUUACGAAACAACUUUUCCUUAUUUUGUAUUUUACAAGGAACAUAGAAUUGAAUCUUGUCUUUGCUCAUGUCAAAGCACCCAAUUUCUACUAACUCCCUUCUCCCACUGCAAUCUUUCAUAUAAUUCCCAAGAGUCCUUCAGAUCACAGAUUGUGGAGGAGUGUCAAAAGCUCCAUUUUUCAUUUUCCACUCACAGAAUGAUCCUAGGCCCCAUUUUAUAACCACAGCAAAGUCAAAAACCUAAAGACGUCACAUUAGUAAAAGAGAGGUUUAGAUAUUCAUCUGUGGGGACAUAAAAUGCAUACGUUGGCCUCCAAUGUUUGCCAAGUAAAAGCUAUCUGCAAGCGCACACGGGAUCAUUUGAUCUGUACCCAUACAUUUUGGGACCAAUAGUAUUUAAGUUGUUACCUGAAUAGGACCAUUAGGAACUUACCUUACUAAACAGGUUCUAGUAACUAUUGUGAAUCAACAAAAAAUGCUCUUCAGAUAUGACAUAAUUAGAAUUGGCCACACAGCUCAGUAGGCUUCCUGAACUCAAUCAUCCUCAAAAAUAGUAGAUAGCAUUCCUCAUCCCCUACCCUCACGUGCAAUAGUUGAAAGCAAUGGGCCACAGUUGGUAUCAUGGAAAGAUUAUACAUGGUAUAAAAGUGAUACCGGAUAACAAAACAAAGCCUUUGCAAAGUUAAUAACCAGUUUAUAACAUGAACAUUAAUUUCAGAUAGACGAGGCAUUAUCCAACCCAUGAUAGCAUUUCUAAGGUUAGGAAUGCUUAAAUUGAAUCUUGCCUUGAAUAUGUUAAUCCUUUCUAUAUAAUCACGGGAAAAUAAAAUGUCCCUUGAAUAAUCUCUUUUGCAAUAAUCAUAAUUAUCCUUUGAUUUUGAGUGUGUGUGUGUGUGUGUGUGUGUGUGUGUACUUUGCCAUUUCGAAUGGGGUAAUGUGACACUGUAAAUGGACAAGGUUCCCCCCCUUAAUAUACCUUGGAAGCUACACAGCUUGGAGGUAUAAUAAUCAUCUGUUUCUAAUACAUAUCCCUGUUGGAAGUUAUCUAGCAAUGAUAGCCUUAUUUUGAUUUUUUUUAGAACUUUAGUGAGGAUUACUGUAUAUUCUUAAAACUCCAGAUUUGCUACACGUUUCUGUUAACUUUUUACUUCCAGUAAAAAGUAAAGAAUGUGGUUUUCCUUAGGACUAUUUUUGUAAAAUAGCUGGAUAGCAAUGCUACAGCAUGCAGAAAGUGCACUUUUUUUGCCUGACUUGCUUGUAAAAUAGACACUAUUUAAUUUGGGGGGAAAUAUAAUUUAUGCCAAAAAGAAAAGGGUAUCUUGCUGCCAUUUUGCGACUGCGUAGGUUAGAGUAGCACAGAAUGCAAGGACGGGGAGGGGGACGGGUGGGGACACAAUUUGUAAAUAUAAUUAUUGUGAAAAAGGGGGAAAUACUCUUCAGAUAAUAGAUGCCAAUAACCCAAAUGAUGCCUGGGUUAGAAAUUAUGUAAAUUAGUCAUUCGGAGUGGGUGGGGGAGAGAUUAUGAAAAGACUCAUUUUCCCUAGCCCGUAUGGUCAAUUUUCCAUAUAAGUUAACAAGCUGCUACAUAUUUGGAGGUUCUAUUGUUUGUAGGUCAUUGAAUGAACUUUGAAAUCUGAUUUAUAUUAUAUACCUGUAACAUAGAAAGAAAAAAAAGUAUUUAUAUAUUUUCUGUAUGACAAUUUCAUGAGCUGUGUAUAAUUUUAAAAAGGCUUUGUCCCAAAAAGGUUUGGCUCGCCUUGAUUCUUUUUUGUUGUUUUCAUUGGUUUGGAAAUUUGUUUUGUUUUGUAUAGUGUGUACAGUUCAUGUCUAUGGAUAUUACAGGCCUCCUAAAGCAUUAUCUUCCUAUCAAAGGGAUACAUUGUUAAUAAAAUGAACUUUAAACACCUUACAAA